CAACCAACCCACUUCUGUCCCAACAUCACCAAAAUGAACCUCACAUCCAUCUUCAUCCUCCUCACUGCCCUCAUUGGCCUCGCCAAUGCAGAUGCCCCUGCCGUCCUCAACGGUCUUAGAACCGUGGAAGGAGACCUCGGCUCCCUGGAGCAAGCCAUCAAGGCUACCGACGACCGCCUCAGAACCUUGCUGGCCGUUAUCCACUACGAAGGAGUCCUGGAAACUGACAUCCAAGUGGCCACCUUCCACGUCUGGGACUCACCUCUCUUCAACGAAAUAGACAGCAAGGCCGUCACCGAGGCAGCCAUGAAGAUGAAACCCGCCAUCGAAGUCUAUCUCAAGACUGCCAUUGCCAAGAAAACCGUCCUCGAGCACCUCAGCUAUCACGAGAUCAUCGUCGCCAGUAUCCGCUUCUUCCAGGCGAACACCAAUAGACUCGGAAAAGCCCUGCAAGAUAAGGUCGACGAGGCUAGUGCCAAAGCCAUCAAGGAGUGCAGUGAUAAGUUGAACGAUUCCUUCGUCCAGGCCAUAGCUGCGCUUGACCCGGUGGAGUGGAUUGCUCAUGCCUAGUUAAGAUAAGAAAUUCCUGUUCCUCUCCAAUCAAGUCAUGACAGACGGUGUCAAGAGUCCCUGGGGUGUUGUGUGUAUUUGUUACGAUAGCAAGCUCUGUCGGGUGUGACG